CCAGUCAGUUUAUUUUUGUCCCAUUGUCAUAAAAUACCCCAGAUAGACAUACAAUGUAACAUGGAAGGGGAUGACGAAGUGAACGUUUCUUCUCGCGGAUCUCGCUAUACGUUCGGUGCAAAGACAACAAAAAAGGAGUAUGGAGUCGAGGUGGAAGAGACAUUCAUUUUCUCCGUCGACUUGUUCGGAAAUAAGGACGACGAUUGGGCGGAUCGUCUGAACUACGUCGUGACGAUGUUUUUCAUCUUAGCAUGUGUAGCCUACACGACUUUCGUGCAAUACAUCACGUCAACACCCCCAAUCGAUUGUUGGUGUCCAGCGGAGUUUACGGAUACUCAUGUGGAAUACGUUCAAUACCACUGCUGGAUUUCAAACACGUAUUAUGUUCCUUCUUCAGAGGCGUUAUCACAGGAUGACGUAAUACGAAGACGUUUUGUUAUAAAAUAUUACCAGUGGGGACCUAUUAUACUGUUCUUGAUGGCGCUUAUGUUUAAGCUACCAAAUAUACUUUGGCGAUUGACUAACGUAUACUCCGGUGUUAACGUUGGAAACAUAGGACGAAAGGCCGCGGACUCACAGGAAAUGACGUGGAAGAAACGCCAAGAAACUAUUGAAAACCUUGCGUCUUAUCUUCACCGCUGGCUUCAUUUGUAUCACAAUCAUGACAAGAAUUGGAGAAGAUUUUUUUCAAAAAUAAGGAACUUGAAUUGUGAUAAUAGAAGUGGGAACUAUCUCACGGCGCUUUACAUGAUCAUUAAAUGCAUUUACUGCAUAAACGUGAUAGGACAGUUUUUCUUACUUGACGUCAUUCUGGGACAAAAUUUCUACUUAACGCUGGGUAUAGAUUUCUUCCAGCGACCCCCUUCGGAAAUCAAUCAGUUGGGAUUGUUACAAUUUCCACGUGUCACAAUGUGUGACUUUAAAAUAAGACAAAUGUCAAAUGUACAGGACUGGACUGUGCAGUGUGUGCUUCCAUUAAAUAUGUUCUAUGAGGCCAUUUUCUUUUUCCUUUGGUACUGGUACGCUUUUGUUGCCGUAGUGACAUUUGCCAGUUUGCUUCUCUGGAUGUGGCGAGUAUUUUUCCCGAUAAAUAAAAGAGUGUUCAUUGAAAAAAUGCUCAAAAUCCAUCCCAAAAACAAAGGUAAAAAUCAUGAAAUAGACAAGAAAAAGCUUCACGAAUUUGUGUCAGAUUUUUUGCGCCAAGAUGGUGCGUUUGUGCUUCGUAUGGUGCAGCGAAAUACCAGUGAUGUUUUUGCGACUGAUCUUGUCCAAAAAUUAUGGGAACAUUUUGUAAACAGUAAAAGUUGACGCAUUUUUCAUAAAUGCAUUUAAAUAUAUAAUUACAAAGCUUUUAUACAAUAGAUCUAUGAAAUAUUUGUUUUAAUCUCUACAUACAUAUUUUAAUUUACUGGUACAUGUAUGUCUUUUUAAGUUUUGUUUGGUAAAAAUCUUUAUCAAUCUCAAUUGUAUAAAAUUUCAAUGAACUUUUCUUCCCUUCUGUAAUUUGUUUUGUAUCACCUUAUUUUUUAUCCCACUUUCUUAAAAGAUGGGGAUAUUAAUAUGACUUUGUCUGUCCCUAAUUCGAUCUUUACUUUCCGGAUGAGAACUCUGAAAGGUCUUUGGAUUUUGCAUUUACUUUUUUCUGAUAUUUUGUAAUGCAUGAAAAACUCUGUGUGACUUACAAAGGACCUUUUUAGUAAAAACAUCAGAGGCCAUCGACUUGGGCCGCAUGUUAAUUUCCUACAUGGUGUCUAACUCUUUAAUACUUUAAUUUAACAAUGCAUCUAAUUUUCAUUCAGAUUUUGGAAUGAACUCUGUACGUGGUCAUAAGUUCAAAGGCCAAUGUCAGCAGUUCAUAUUUUGCAUAAAAUGGUUUCCUGAUGAUUAUUUUAGCUUUCAGUGAAACUUGUAAAGUAUUGGUAUUUUUCAUUAUCUAUUUACAUGAUAUU